AUGGAGCCAGUGGAGAAAACCGCGCCUUUGAAUGGUCUCCUUAAGGUGAAGCUCGCCAAAAUCAGCCAUGUCCUCUAUCCUCAGCCUCCCGCCGGCCGAUCAGAUGAUGAGCUCACCCGUCCCCCUCCUCCAUACGCCAUUAUCGAUUUUGACAAAAGCCAAGUAUGCUGCCAUGCCUUUUACCCGGGACCUCACGAGCCCGCAGUAUGGGCGCUGGAUGGCAAUCGCUUGACAAACGGAAGUGCACACACCUUUGAUGUUACUAGACAAGCCGAACUCCAUAUCUGGCUGUAUCAGCCUGCAGAUGAUAGUAGGGAUACUAAUUCAGACUCAUUUCUGGGCAAAACAUCGUUUCGUCCUGCGCUUAUUGAGAAGGGAACAAAAUCCAAGGAAGAGUGGCUCGAUCUUCAUGGUGGGAAGGGCUCUAUUUCAAUCAUGACCAAAUUCAUCGCCACUAAGCCAUUGACUAUAACGACGGAAUACCCCCGUGGGUUUGAACUGCAAUUUAGUUCUAAAACAUCGAUGAGUGCCCUUGCACCUGUGUCAAUUUACCUGAAGCUGGAUACCCAGAUGCACUACGCUGGCAACGUGUUUCAAGAGAGCAAACUGGAUAACAUGGCUGUCAGACCAAACGCCACUCAGUUCGAUAGUCCGUUCGUGAUUCCGUUGAAAUUUGACAUUGAAGUUCCUACGAAAGACAUUUCUUCUGCACCUGGGAGGCAGCACUUCUUCUUUUGCGUCUCCCUCUACCAUUACAAUCUUUUUUCUCACUUAAUGAGAAAAGGCCCCCUUGAUCUUGCUGAGGCUCGCUUCUAUGCAGCUCAAAUACUCUGUGCUAUCGAUUAUCUCCAUGAGCGCGAUAUUGUGCUCGGAAAAUUGAGCACAAAACGUAUUUGGAUCGAUUCUACCGGCUAUCUCUUUAUCGGUGACUUUGACCUUUUUUUCCGGGAUAUAUCUGGCAGUCGGCUCCCCUGGCCACAAUCUUCCUGGGAAGAAGCAUGGCAUCUACGAGAAACUUCUGAUGCCGCGAAAGAUCAUAUCGCUCCCGAAAUAUUACGCUCCCAGAGUCAUCCCUCUCAGAUUCAUGCAUCCGUUGACUGGUGGUCUUUCGGUAUCAUUCUUCAUGAAAUGCUAGUCGCGACUGUUACUUUCGAUCUCACUGAUUAUGCCCCCGCGGAUACGACCCUCGAACUUCAAUCUUCUUUUAAUGGCAUAUCUGUUGGAGAAACAGCAAAAGAUUUUAUCAUGAAGCUCCUCUCGCCCGAUCCGCUUCAACGACUUGGAGCAAAUGGGGCAGCAGAAAUUAAAUCACACCCUUUCUUCAAUGGAAUAGAUUGGCCCAAGCUCAUGAGGAAGGAAUACAUCCCGAAACUUCGUCCACCUCUCCCUAAAAAGCAAGAUCAGGCUUGGGCAUCGUCGUCGUCACCAACUCCGGAACUGAGUGAGGAAUUUAAGGCUCAAUUCGCUGGAUGGAGCUAUAAUAGACCGGAAAAGCAGGGCACCUAG